AUGAGUGAUUCUGCUAUCCAUGCCGUCGCUGGUGGUGCUGCUGGAGUGCUGGCCAUGUCCAUAACUUAUCCGUUCAUUUUCAUUUCCACUCGUGCUGCGGUAGAGACCAAGAGUGACAACAAAUCGGUCUAUGAAGUUGUUGUAGACGUCAUCAAACGCGAAGGGCUCAGUGGGAUGUAUAGUGGUUUGAGCUCAAGCUUGCUCGGAAUUGCUGUUACGAAUACCGUGUACUAUUAUUUCUACGAAAGGUCAAGAGGGAUUGUGCAGAAGGGAAAGGCACUGAGCACUCCAGAGUCGAUGUUGAUCGGCUUAAUUGCGGGAUCAGCGACGACCAUAAUCAGUAACCCAUUAUGGGUCAUUCAAACCUCCCAAGCUGUCGAGUCCAUGCAGCAAUCCGAGCCGUCGCUGGCUCCCUCGCAGCCCAAGGUGGCCAAGAAACUUUCCAUUGCUGCGACAGUGCGCAGACUUCUUGCUCAAGAUGGCAUUGGGGCAUUCUGGCGUGGGAUUGGACCAGCACUCGUUCUAGUCAUCAACCCCAUCCUUCAAUAUACCGUCUUUGAACAGUUGAAAAACACGUUAAUAGCACGACGAACAGCCAAGUUGCGCGCUGCUGGUAUCGCAGCGGCUGUAGCAGCGCUGUCAGACGGCGACAUCUUCCUCCUAGGUGCUCUGGCUAAACUGGUCGCAACGUCUACAACAUAUCCCUACAUUGUCGUGAAGAGCCGGCUUCAAGCUGGUGUCAAGUCGGCCAAGUAUAGCUCUUCCUUGGAUGGCCUGACGACCAUUAUAAAAGACGAAGGCGUCGCAGGACUGUACAAGGGCAUUGGUAGCAAGCUCGUUCAGAGUGUGCUGACUGCAGCUAUCUUAUUUGCUGGGCAGCACCGUAUCUAUCAACUCACCAAGAAGGCGUUGGCCGCAUAG